GAUAUCAAACAAGAUCCUGACUCUGUUCUAAUAUAUCGUGUACGAUAGGAAUACUCGAAAUGGCGUCAACUUGUAAGGAAUCGGGCUCAAUAACUGUGCAUCAUAUCCUAUUCAUCAAAUGUAAUGAAAAAUACAAACUACUCAUAACCAAUGUUUAAGUCAUUCCUCCUCCUAACCCGGUAUACCAUCCGACAAUGAAACAGUCCACCAUUCCAUCUAUACUAAUAGCCUCAUACCCAUCCCAUCAGCGAAGAAGAAGAAAAGAAAGAGCAAAACGUCGGUAUCUUGAAGAAGAAAAGAAAAGCAAAACAAUGAAUAUGAUAAGCAAUCCUCAACAGCAGUCCCUCCAUCUCUCCCGUAUGCCAUGCAAAGCAGCCAGCCUUCAUUCAAACUCCACAAGUCUCUUUUCAAUAGACAUGGUAACUUUGUUUUUAGGUAUGCUUCUUUGUUGUUUUUUUCCGAGUUGAGUUUAUUAUUUUGAGCUUUUGGUGGUAUCAU